CUCCAGCCAUUUUGUUGGCGCGCGUCGCCUGCUUAUCGAACGCAAUUCAAAACUCAGGAACACGCCUUCAUCCUUCAGCAUAAUUUGGUCCACAUCGCAGAUUCUCUCUUUCUCUCUCUCCCUUUCUCUCCUUCUGUUUUCAUGGUCUAAACCUGGGUUUUUGUGGGCACUCAUGAAACCAGAAGGUAUCAACGAAGAACAGACACAAACCUUAACCUCUGUUCCAGAUCAAAGCAGUCACUAUGGUGAGACAAGCUCCAGAAGAACCAGAGGCGGUGGUGGGUCUCCGAGGUCUGGUGGUGGGCAAUUACUGUCACGACGUUCUGAUCCGCGAUGGCCGAGUGGUGGGUGAGAGCCUUGGCGGUGCUGCGUCCUUUGUCUCUAACGUCCUUGACAACCUCUCGAUCCCCUGUCAUUAUGUCUCUAAGGUCGGCCCCGAUUUCGUCUACUCUGUCUCUCACGAACCCAUCUCCUCUCCUUCUUCCCUGACCACUCUCUUCCAUGCCCAUUUCACCUCCGACCCAGAUUCAAAUGGGAAUCAAGAUCGUGUCCUCAAAAGGGUUCAUGUCUGUGAUCCGAUUAACCCCUCAGACCUUCCCGAUUCCCAAUUCGAUUUCGGUCUGGCUGUUGGUGUUGCUGGGGAGAUCCUGCCUGAAACCCUUGAGCGUAUGCUUGAUAUCUGUCGUGUGGUUUUUGUUGACAUACAAGCUUUAAUUCGCGACUUUGAUCCUGUGGAUGGGACUGUGAAGCUUGUUACCCUCAGAGAGAGUGGCUUCUUUCAUCUCUUGCCUCGGAUUGGGUUCCUUAAGGCUUCUGCUGAAGAAGCUCCUUUUGUUGAUGUUGAAGAGGCACGGAAAUGGUGUUGUGUUCUUGUUACCGACGGGAAGGAUGGUUGUAGGGUUUUCCGGGAAGAUGGGGAAAUGCAGAUUCUGCCAUUUCCGACUGUUCAAGUUGAUCCUACAGGUGCUGGUGAUAGUUUGUUAGGGGGUUUUGUUGCAGGGCUUAUUCGAGGUUUGGCAGUGCCGGAUGCAGCACUCUUGGGGAAUUUCUUCGGUUCACUGACUGUUGCUCAGAUUGGUGUUCCCAAAUUUGACUUGAGGUUGCUGCAGAGAGUAAAGGAUGAGCUAGAAAGGAAGGCACCUUAUAUCAAUGGCUGUGAAAGAAUAGAUGAUGGAGCUGAAUUUAAGAAAUCAGCUGAGCAUGAAGAAUUCCAGGCUUACCUUACCAGAGCAGCUAAACUGUUAUCAACCUACCAUGGCAAGGAAGAUCAAUUGGAUCCCUGUCAUGACAAGGAAGAUCGAUUGGAUCCGCCUGAGUCCUGCCCAAGCAGACAUAUUGGUGCGAGGAUAUAGUGGUUGGAAUUCAAGGCGUGCUCUCCAAGUUGUCGAACAAGUUUUUCCAAAGGAUGCUGCUAUACAACCUUCGUUGGUAAUAGUUUACUUUGGG